AUGGUGUCUAAUAUUCAUCAUUGUCAUCUGAUGGUAAACAAGCUGUACAGGGAGCAGAGAUUGGAUACUCACUACUCCAGUAGUGUUGUUGUACACUACAACAGUGACUUGAAUUUCAUGCGCAGGCAACUGGAAGUGAUUCUUAUUCAGCCUGUCCAACUCUCCAACACCGACCCACACACUGACCUCUGCACAAGCAGACAACAGUGGUACUACUUACAAGUAAGCAAUGCACAGGGAGGGAGCUUCACUACUGUCAGCUUUACCAACUAUAACAGCCUAUCUAAAUAUGGCUUGUGGUCAUUGUUGUACUCAGAAGUUAAUGCAAAGACACAGCAUAAGAAAUGGCUGGUGAAGGACUGGAAAUUAAUCAAGCAUUAGAAAAACAAUGUGAGGCAAAGUGGACAUCACUAUUUCUAACUUUGGAUGUUCCUGUUUCCUCAUGACCAAAACACCUGCUACUUUGCCCACUAUUAUCCUUACCCCUACUCCAAUCUGUAGGAGUAUCUGGGGGCCAUCUCUAAAGAUCCAGUGAAGUCCAAAUUCUUCAAGAUUCACAUCUUAUGCCAUUCACUGGCAGGAAACACCAUCAUCAUCAUCACUACCACCCAUCCCCCUCCAAAAGUGACAAGGAAGGCUGUGAUACUGACAGUAAGGGUGCAUCCAGGAGAAACGAGUUCCUGGAUAAUGAAGGGCUUCAUGGAUUUCAUUCUUGGAAGCAAAGCUCAACUCCUGUGGGACAAUUUUAUCUUGAAAGUAGUACGAAUGUUGAAUCCAGAUGGUGUGAUUGUGGGAAAUCACCACUUUUUAAUGGGCCAUGACUUGAAUUGCAAAUAUAGAUCUAUUGUAGAGGAAUGUUACCCUUCCAUCUGGUGUACCCAAAACAUGAUAAACACACACGUGAAAGACUUGGAGUCCAUAGGACAGCAUUUCCAUAAUGCUCUCUUAAACUACUGCCUGUGCCUGAAGGAACACAAGAAGGUAGUGAAACAGCAAGCCAGGGUGAACUCCAAAGUCCUAAAUUCUGAUGUGUUAGACUGGAAUGCCAACUCUGAGAGUCCCACCCCCAAUGCUAAAGGCAUUUAUGAAAAGUCAUCUGUGCAACAGGAGGCAGGAAUUGUGUACCAUGAUAUGAUCCUGUCCAAAAGAGAAAAUUUUCAUUCACCCAACUUUAAUCUGUUCUCCAGAAGAUGAGGAAAAAAUGGUUAAAAUGUCUUCAAGACCGCAGAGAAGACUUUCAAUAUCUAA